UACUAUCUAGCUCCCAUGUUGCAGCUCAUCCUCACCUAAUAACACAACAGCUCUACUGAACAUCAUCACUCGUCAGGUACAGGUAGACAGAAAGAGAGACCUACAGAGAGAUGGCCUCCGGCUCCAGGCAGCUCAAGGCUAGUCUCCUCGUCGUAGCAGCUCUGCUCCUCCUCAUCUGCACCUGCACUACUAGGGGGCAAGCAGCAAGGCCGGAACCAGCAGGAUCGUCCAAGGACCACAUGCCACAGCAGUUGCAGCACGCUGCUGUCUCCGCCGCCGGUGGUGCUGCUGGCCAUGAGAAGAGUGGCUCAGCGGCCGGGGUGGAAAUAAUGCAUCGAGAUGAGCCGGAGGAGAUGAUGAGCGAAUGUGAGGGCGGAGACGAACGGGAGGAGUGCCUGAUGAGGAGGACGUUGGUCGCUCACACCGACUACAUCUACACCCAGGGGAAGCACAACUAAUCACUUGUGAAAGAAGUUCGGGGGACAAAAAAGCUCGCAGGGUUAACGAGCUAGCCAACCUGAAGUUCUACAGUGCCGUCAACUGUGGAUUAUAUAUUGUUCAAUACCUAGUCUUUUUUUUUCCCUUUCUGCAGUUCUGUGAGCUGUGGAUUAUUUUCAUGUAUACUUCGUUAAUUACCAGUGUGAUUUUCCGUCCGCUUCUCGAGCUUAUGUACGAUAUACUAUCCAUAGACCAUAUACUCUUGGCUUGAGAAGCUAAAUGGAAAUUCUAGAUUACUAGCUAAAGUCUACCCGCUGUAAAUAUUACAUCUAUGUGUACUCUUAUGCUUUCGUUAUA